AACAUGUGGGAAAAGAAUCAGUGACACAUCAGCAUUGAGCGCUCAUAUAAGAACCCACACAGGUGAGAAGCCGUUCCUUUGCAAGACCUGCGGGAAAAGAUUCAAUGAGAAGUCAGUAUUAAAAAGGCAUUGUAGAAUCCACACAGGUGAGAAGCCACAUACUUGUAAAGUAUGUGGGAGAGCUUUCGGACAUAAUGGUCAUUUGUUAGUCCACAUGAGGACUCACACAGGUGAGAAGCCGUAUAUUUGUAAAGUAUGUGGCAGAGCUUUUGGACGUAAUUGUCACUUGUUAGGCCACAUGAGGACUCACACAGGUGAGAAGCCGUAUAUUUGUAAAGUAUGUGGGAGAGCUUUCGGACGUAAUGGUCACUUGUUAGUCCACAUGAGGACUCACACAGGUGAGAAGCCGUAUACUUGUAACGUAUGUGGGAGAGCUUUCGGACGUAAUGGUCACUUGUUAGGCCACAUGAGGACUCACACAGGUGAGAAGCCGUAUACUUGUAAAGUAUGUGGGAGAGCUUUCGUACGUAAUGGUGACUUAUUAGUCCACAUGAGGACUCAUUCAGGUGAGAAGCCAUAUACUUGUAAAGUAUGUGGGAGAGCUUACGUACGUAACUAUGACUUGUUAGUCCACAUGAGGACUCAUUCAGGUGAGAAGCCGUAUACUUGUAAAGUAUGUGGGAGAGCUUUCGUACGUAAUAGUGUCUUGUUAGUCCACAUGAGGACUCACACAGGUGAGAAGCCGUAUACUUGUAAAGUAUGUGGGAGAGCUUUCGGACGUAAUGGUCACUUGUUAGGCCACAUGAGGACUCACACAGGUGAGAAGCCGUAUACUUGUAAAGUAUGUGGGAGAGCUUUCGUACGUAAUGGUGACUUAUUAGUCCACAUGAGGACUCAUUCAGGUGAGAAGCCAUAUACUUGUAAAGUAUGUGGGAGAGCUUACGUACGUAACUAUGACUUGUUAGUCCACAUGAGGACUCAUUCAGGUGAGAAGCCGUAUACUUGUAAAGUAUGUGGGAGAGCUUUCGUACGUAAUAGUGUCUUGUUAGUCCACAUGAGGACUCACACAGGUGAGAAGCCGUAUACUUGUAAAGUAUGUGGGAGAGCUUUCGGACGUAAUGGUCACUUGUUAGGCCACAUGAGGACUCACACAGGUGAGAAGCCGUAUACUUGUAAAGUAUGUGGGAGAGCUUUCGUACGUAAUGGUGACUUAUUAGUCCACAUGAGGACUCAUUCAGGUGAGAAGCCAUAUACUUGUAAAGUAUGUGGGAGAGCUUACGUACGUAACUAUGACUUGUUAGUCCACAUGAGGACUCAUUCAGGUGAGAAGCCGUAUACUUGUAAAGUAUGUGGGAGAGCUUUCGUACGUAAUAGUGUCUUGUUAGUCCACAUGAGGACUCACACAGGUGAGAAGCCGUAUACUUGUAAAGUAUGUGGGAGAGCUUUCGGACGUAAUGGUCACUUGUUAGGCCACAUGAGGACUCACACAGGUGAGAAGCCGUAUACUUGUAAAGUAUGUGGGAGAGCUUUCGUACGUAAUGGUGACUUAUUAGUCCACAUGAGGACUCAUUCAGGUGAGAAGCCAUAUACUUGUAAAGUAUGUGGGAGAGCUUACGUACGUAACUAUGACUUGUUAGUCCACAUGAGGACUCAUUCAGGUGAGAAGCCGUAUACUUGUAAAGUAUGUGGGAGAGCUUUCGUACGUAAUAGUGUCUUGUUAGUCCACAUGAGGACUCACACAGGUGAGAAGCCGUAUACUUGUAAAGUAUGUGGGAGAGCUUUCGGACGUAAUGGUCACUUGUUAGGCCACAUGAGGACUCACACAGGUGAGAAGCCGUAUACUUGUAAAGUAUGUGGGAGAGCUUUCGUACGUAAUGGUGACUUAUUAGUCCACAUGAGGACUCAUUCAGGUGAGAAGCCAUAUACUUGUAAAGUAUGUGGGAGAGCUUACGUACGUAACUAUGACUUGUUAGUCCACAUGAGGACUCAUUCAGGUGAGAAGCCGUAUACUUGUAAAGUAUGUGGGAGAGCUUUCGUACGUAAUAGUGUCUUGUUAGUCCACAUGAGGACUCACACAGGUGAGAAGCCGUAUACUUGUAAAGUAUGUGGGAGAGCUUUCGGACGUAAUGGUCACUUGUUAGGCCACAUGAGGACUCACACAGGUGAGAAGCCGUAUACUUGUAAAGUAUGUGGGAGAGCUUUCGUACGUAAUGGUGACUUAUUAGUCCACAUGAGGACUCAUUCAGGUGAGAAGCCAUAUACUUGUAAAGUAUGUGGGAGAGCUUACGUACGUAACUAUGACUUGUUAGUCCACAUGAGGACUCAUUCAGGUGAGAAGCCGUAUACUUGUAAAGUAUGUGGGAGAGCUUUCGUACGUAAUAGUGUCUUGUUAGUCCACAUGAGGACUCACACAGGUGAGAAGCCGUAUACUUGUAAAGUAUGUGGGAGAGCUUUCGGACGUAAUGGUCACUUGUUAGGCCACAUGAGGACUCACACAGGUGAGAAGCCGUAUACUUGUAAAGUAUGUGGGAGAGCUUUCGUACGUAAUGGUGACUUAUUAGUCCACAUGAGGACUCAUUCAGGUGAGAAGCCAUAUACUUGUAAAGUAUGUGGGAGAGCUUACGUACGUAACUAUGACUUGUUAGUCCACAUGAGGACUCAUUCAGGUGAGAAGCCGUAUACUUGUAAAGUAUGUGGGAGAGCUUUCGUACGUAAUAGUGUCUUGUUAGUCCACAUGAGGACUCACACAGGUGAGAAGCCGUAUACUUGUAAAGUAUGUGGGAGAGCUUUCGGACGUAAUGGUCACUUGUUAGGCCACAUGAGGACUCACACAGGUGAGAAGCCGUAUACUUGUAAAGUAUGUGGGAGAGCUUUCGUACGUAAUGGUGACUUAUUAGUCCACAUGAGGACUCAUUCAGGUGAGAAGCCAUAUACUUGUAAAGUAUGUGGGAGAGCUUACGUACGUAACUAUGACUUGUUAGUCCACAUGAGGACUCAUUCAGGUGAGAAGCCGUAUACUUGUAAAGUAUGUGGGAGAGCUUUCGUACGUAAUAGUGUCUUGUUAGUCCACAUGAGGACUCACACAGGUGAGAAGCCGUAUACUUGUAAAGUAUGUGGGAGAGCUUUCGGACGUAAUGGUCACUUGUUAGGCCACAUGAGGACUCACACAGGUGAGAAGCCGUAUACUUGUAAAGUAUGUGGGAGAGCUUUCGUACGUAAUGGUGACUUAUUAGUCCACAUGAGGACUCAUUCAGGUGAGAAGCCAUAUACUUGUAAAGUAUGUGGGAGAGCUUACGUACGUAACUAUGACUUGUUAGUCCACAUGAGGACUCAUUCAGGUGAGAAGCCGUAUACUUGUAAAGUAUGUGGGAGAGCUUUCGUACGUAAUAGUGUCUUGUUAGUCCACAUGAGGACUCACACAGGUGAGAAGCCGUAUACUUGUAAAGUAUGUGGGAGAGCUUUCGGACGUAAUGGUCACUUGUUAGGCCACAUGAGGACUCACACAGGUGAGAAGCCGUAUACUUGUAAAGUAUGUGGGAGAGCUUUCGUACGUAAUGGUGACUUAUUAGUCCACAUGAGGACUCAUUCAGGUGAGAAGCCAUAUACUUGUAAAGUAUGUGGGAGAGCUUACGUACGUAACUAUGACUUGUUAGUCCACAUGAGGACUCAUUCAGGUGAGAAGCCGUAUACUUGUAAAGUAUGUGGGAGAGCUUUCGUACGUAAUAGUGUCUUGUUAGUCCACAUGAGGACUCACACAGGUGAGAAGCCGUAUACUUGUAAAGUAUGUGGGAGAGCUUUCGGACGUAAUGGUCACUUGUUAGGCCACAUGAGGACUCACACAGGUGAGAAGCCGUAUACUUGUAAAGUAUGUGGGAGAGCUUUCGUACGUAAUGGUGACUUAUUAGUCCACAUGAGGACUCAUUCAGGUGAGAAGCCAUAUACUUGUAAAGUAUGUGGGAGAGCUUACGUACGUAACUAUGACUUGUUAGUCCACAUGAGGACUCAUUCAGGUGAGAAGCCGUAUACUUGUAAAGUAUGUGGGAGAGCUUUCGUACGUAAUAGUGUCUUGUUAGUCCACAUGAGGACUCACACAGGUGAGAAGCCGUAUACUUGUAAAGUAUGUGGGAGAGCUUUCGGACGUAAUGGUCACUUGUUAGGCCACAUGAGGACUCACACAGGUGAGAAGCCGUAUACUUGUAAAGUAUGUGGGAGAGCUUUCGUACGUAAUGGUGACUUAUUAGUCCACAUGAGGACUCAUUCAGGUGAGAAGCCAUAUACUUGUAAAGUAUGUGGGAGAGCUUACGUACGUAACUAUGACUUGUUAGUCCACAUGAGGACUCAUUCAGGUGAGAAGCCGUAUACUUGUAAAGUAUGUGGGAGAGCUUUCGUACGUAAUAGUGUCUUGUUAGUCCACAUGAGGACUCACACAGGUGAGAAGCCGUAUACUUGUAAAGUAUGUGGGAGAGCUUUCGGACGUAAUGGUCACUUGUUAGGCCACAUGAGGACUCACACAGGUGAGAAGCCGUAUACUUGUAAAGUAUGUGGGAGAGCUUUCGUACGUAAUGGUGACUUAUUAGUCCACAUGAGGACUCAUUCAGGUGAGAAGCCAUAUACUUGUAAAGUAUGUGGGAGAGCUUACGUACGUAACUAUGACUUGUUAGUCCACAUGAGGACUCAUUCAGGUGAGAAGCCGUAUACUUGUAAAGUAUGUGGGAGAGCUUUCGUACGUAAUAGUGUCUUGUUAGUCCACAUGAGGACUCACACAGGUGAGAAGCCGUAUACUUGUAAAGUAUGUGGGAGAGCUUUCGGACGUAAUGGUCACUUGUUAGGCCACAUGAGGACUCACACAGGUGAGAAGCCGUAUACUUGUAAAGUAUGUGGGAGAGCUUUCGUACGUAAUGGUGACUUGUUAGUCCACAUGAGGACUCACACAGGUGAGAAGCCGUAUACAUGUAAAGUAUGUGGGAGAGCUUUCGGACGUAAUGGAGACGUGUUAGUCCACAUGAGGACUCACACAGGUGAGAAGCCGUAUACUUGCAAAACAUGUGGGAAACACUUCAGAUCUAGGAGUAACUUGAAAGUCCACAUGAGAACGCACACAGGUGUAAAGGUGCAUGACUUGAGCACAGAGGUUCCAGUUGAAGUCACACAUAUACAGGAGAGAGACUGUUUACAUGCAAAACAUGUGGCAGAGCUUUCAGAGGCCUGUUCCAUAAAGCAUGCUAAGAAAAGUGGGGAGUGAAGUCCAAAUCCUGAAUUUUAAUUGAAAUUGCAGGUCUGGAAAAGUUCAACUAGUGAGAUAAAGAACAAAAGGAGGAGACUACUCUAAAGUCUGAAUUUUAUACUUGCAAGAGUCAUGGAAAACCUGGAAAAGUCAUGAAAUUAGUCAAAAUCAUUAUAAGUCACAGAACUUGUUUGUAUAUAGUGAAUUUUUUUUUAUUAUUAUUAUUAAUUUGAUACAGGCGAGCAUACAAACAUAUCACACUCAACAAUAUAAUAACAUAACAUCAAACAAAGAAACACAAAUAAAAACAAAAGAAUAAGACAAGACAAAAUAGAAUAUAUAGGAUCCCUUCAAAUAUUCAAGAGAUAAAUUUCCAAUAGCAUCACAUUAAAACAAACAAGAUAAACAUAUGAAAGAGCAUAUUUAUAAUUGUAUAUAAUCCCACUCUUCAAUAGAGGAGAUUUUUUCCUUUUCAUAUUAUGUAGUACUACUUUACAGUUAUUUGUAGUGAUUAUUUUUUCCAAAAGAAAUUGGCUUUGCAAUAUAUUUUUGAACAAACUUAUAUCUAGGCUCGUUCUUGAUUGAGCUUUUAAUAUAAAUAUUUUACCUAACAAAAUAAUUGUAUUUGUUAUCUGGGGACAAUUUUCAUCCAAAUCUCCCAACAUAAUAUUUAAAGGUAUGAAUUUAAGACAGAUAUCCAAUGUCCUUAGCCAGUUUUGGAUAUUGGUCCACCAACUUGCAACAUAGGGACAAUAACAAAAUAAAUGCAUCUGGUCUUCUUCUUCUUCAUUACAAAAUCUACAUAAUGAUGACUCUACAAUAUUAAACAUAUUAAGUUGCUUUUUGGUAGCAGUAAUUUUAUAAAAAAAAUCUUCACCUGAAAAAUUCUAGAGUAAGAAUCAAUUGUUGUUUUAUAAAUUGUUCUGAAAAAUUGUUUCCAAGGUAUCAAAAUAUUAAAUUGGUCUUCACAAAAAGUACAGACUGAGUGCGGAAAAGCGGUAAGGCCUCUGCGCUGUAAAAUAAAAUUAUAUAUAUAUUUUUUUGUUUAUUUCUGUUCUAAGUUAAAGAUAUUAUAUACUUGUCCAUACAACCUGCAAAAUUUAUGAUAAGAAAGGAAAUCACCCUUGCUAUCUAGUAUGUCGUUUACAAAAACAAUUCCAUUUCUCCAAAAUGUUUCCCAUAGAACAGGCUUCUCGUCUAUUAAUACUUCUGAAUUCAUCCAUAUUACUUGAUUUUGAAUAUCUUCUGGGGUGUCAGGAGGAUAAAACUGGUAACUCAACCAAACCUUCAGUGCAUCUUUAAAAAAAUGGUGAAAGGUUCACUAAUAUAUCUUUAUAUAGCAAAUCAAGAUGGUAAGAUUUUAAUUGGACAAACGGAAACAAUUUACAGCCAAAGAAAAGAUACACCGACAAUAGGUUUUGACUUGUUCUCCAGGAACUCUUAUGGUAAAUGUUAUCAAUCCAGGAUGCUUUUAGGGAUAAGUUCAUUACUGCAAUAUUUUUUAAAUUCAAGCCACCAUUUUCGUAUGAAUUAUAAUGUAUUAUCUUUUAAUCUUAUCCGGCUUAUUAUUCCAGAGGAACUUGAUUAUUUUUUGUUCAAAAGUUUUAAAAACAGGAUGCCUCUGGUGAAGGAAGUGCCAUUAGGAGAUAAAUGAACUGAGGAAUUAUGAAAGUGUUAAUCAUUGUAACCUUUCCUUGUAAGGUCAAAUUCCUUCCUUUCCAAGGUUGUAAAACUUUUUCAAUUUUCUCCAAUUUUCUGUCAUAAUUUAUCUUAACUAAAUCUUUUGGAUUAUCUGGAAUAUGAAUUCCCAAAACAUCUACUGAACCAUUACACCAUUUAACUGGAGCUUGGCACUGUAAACCAAAAUCUGUACCUCUCAAUGAUCCUAUUCUCAUAACAGUGCAUUUACCAAAAUUUGGCAUUAGUCCAGAAAAUUUUGAAAAAAUGUUUAAAUCGAGUAUGAGGGCAUCUAAUGAAGAUUUUUUUGAGGCUGCAGAAAAAAAGUUGCAUCAUCUGCAUAUAAUGUCAACUUCGUUUCUAGACCAUUUGGUUUUAAUCCUGUGAUACAUGAGUUACUUCUGAUUUUAAUAGCAAGAAUUUCAAUACAUAACAAGAACAGGUAUGGAGACAACGGACACCCUUGACGUACAGCUCUAGACGGAGUAAAACUAUUAGAUAAGUGUCCAUUAUUUACUAUUUUACUAUUACUAUACUAUUGGGUUGGUUGUACAUGAUCUUCACCCAUUAUUAAUUAUUAGAAUCAUCUUCAGUGGAUAUCCCUCCAUAUAAUGUAACAUAAUGGCAAAUUCAUUUUCUGCAGCUGGCGUUUUAAUGUAGCUUUAACAUGUGUCGAUGUGUGACAAUGUUUGUUUACCAUCAGGUGUGUUUUGUCAUGUUCUCCCUCAGUUUGUCUCUCCCUUCCUGUGUGCCAAUUAUGUUUACAUAGAGUUUGAAUCUGAUGUUUGAAAAACGCCGGGCAAGUGGGGAAAGAAAAACAAAAUUCUUCAUGAUGAGUCCUUGAAAAGUCAUGAAAAAGUUUGGAAAUAUUGUCCAUGAAAAUGCGAGCGGAACCUGUAAUUAAAAGUAUGACUGAUUUUGCAGUGAGCACAGUAAUAAACUGAUCCCAGAAGAUUUGUCCUGUUGCUGUGAUCUUUUGUCAGGGUGUCUACAGGUCCUUUAAAAUGUCUUAGAUUAACGAGCAAGUCAUAGAGGAAUUUAUUGUGGAUAAAAGCUUAGUAUGUAUGAAUGAUGGGAGAGGUACCAGGUAUAAUAGUGUGCAAAACACAGAAAGUGCAAUUGAUUUAACAUUUAUAUCAGAAGAAGUCUCUGGUGUUACCACAUGGAAGGUGUUAAGUAAAUCAACAAUAGGUUGUGAUCAUUACCCUGUAAUAAUUAAGACUGGAGUAGAAGUUCACCAAGAUGAGGAUCUAAGACUACCAAGAUGUAAAUUAGAUAAAGCAAAUUGUGAGGUGCAUCAAAAGCUAUGUAAGGAUAAAUGUGAGCUGUUAAACAAAGAAGAAUUCUCAGAUGGGGAUGAAUUCAAUAACAAGCUGGUAGCAGUCAUAGUACAAGCAGCAGAGGAAAGUAUACCAAGGGGUGCUGGGAGCAGAGGUAAAAAGACUGUGCCAUGGUGGGAUGCAAACUGUAGGGAGGCUGUUAAAAGAAGGAACAGGGCUUUCAGGCAGUUAAAAAAGCAUCACUCACUGGAAACUCUGAAUAACUAUUAAAGGUUACAGGCAGUUGUCCAGAGGACCAUAAGAGCAACUGAACAUGAAUACUGGAGGUAAUAUUGUAAUAAAAUUGUAAGAGAGACGUUAUCAUCUGAUGUAUGGGGGAUGUUUAGACGAAUGAGCAGAAUCAAGAGACAUUAUACAAUUCCAGUAUUAAUCAGUGGCAAUAAAACAGCGGUCAGUAAUAGGGAUAAAAGUGAACUUUUGGCAGAAACAUUAGUGAAAGUACACAAUUCAGAUAAUUUAUCAGUCAGAGCCAGACAGUGCAGGGACAACACUCUUGCCAUGAGUCCAGAUGUGAAUGUACAGAGAAUCACCCCAAUAAAUGAUUUAGAUGUACCCUUUAAUUUAUUUGAGUUAAGGAGGGCACUCUUAAUAUGGGGUGCCAU